UUCAGAUGUGAAGAAGUCACACACUGUAUGCAAAGGAUAAAGAUAGCACAGCUAUUCAUAUAACAUUUGUCUUGGUUGUUUUAAAAACUUGAAUACAAUGGAGCCAGAGCAAACAUAUGAAGAGCUUUUAUUUACAAGUGAAGACUCUUACAAGGUGUUAGAACAUCGUCAGAAGGACAAUGCAAGAACACAGAUGGUUGUUGAAUCUGGGGAAGCUGUACAGCAAGAUACCCUGAAGAUCCAAAGAAGACGUUCAAAGUUACUACGUGCACUCAUUUUCAUGGUUAUUUUCCUACUGACGGCAAACAUAAUCUUCAUUAUUUUGUUUGUACACAUGUCAAAAGAUAGGAGCGAUAACUUCAUUAUUCAUGAACUGCAGCAACUCAGAAGUGAGAACACCAAACUGAUCUCCGGUUAUCUGAAUUGUUCAUCUCAGUGCCUACAAAAGAAAGGAUUAUAUGAAAAUAUAUUCACUUUUUUCCCACUGGGUGGAAAGAUGUACCAGAACAGCUACUACUUCUUCUCCAGUAGAUAUAUGAAUUGGAGCGAAAGUAAUGCAUGGUGUAAGGCCUGGAACUCUCAUUUAGUGAUAAUCAGUGAUAAUGCAGAGCAGAAAUUCUUAGAAAGAGAGUUUGCAAAGCAAAAGUACAUGGUUUACUGGAUUGGACUGAAAAAUGCGUCAAGUGAAGGAGUAUGGAAAUGGGUAGAUAACACCAUUUGCAACCUCACGGACAAAAGUAAAACGCAUUUCUCUGAUAAUGAACCUGACUAUUUCGGAAAUGAUGACGCUUGUGCCUUUAUAUCUCAUGAUGGAAAAUGGGGGGAUGCCAGUUGCAGUAACUCGCAACACUGGAUCUGUGAGAAGGAGACAAAUAUUUGCUCUACUUAAACCCUGUAUAUCAGUGAAAGAAAUAUACAGACUACUGAGGAAAUAAUGACAGUAGUCCUAGGCAGAAUAAAGGAAGUUAUAUUGCUUUGUCAGCCAAGAUAGUAUGAUCCCAUUUUAAAAUGCCCCAAUGUCCCCAGUAAUGCCACCAAAUUAAUCCUUGUCAGUUGCAUUGUAACUACCUCAGUGUGAUGAUGCAAGUCUGUACUUGUUCUCUUAAAUAUUUUACAUAAUAUAACAGUUGCAUUGCUUUCUGCCCAGUGCAUUUUCUUGAUAAACUUGAAUUCAGUGAAAGGAAAUAAAUAUUUUGACUUGCACUGCUUUCAUCUUCUGCUUCUUCUUCGUUUUGCAAUAAAAGUAAAUAUUAGACCACAUUUGCAAGUCAAACAUGUAUGGCUACCACUACUACCUGUACAUCUUGAAAUGUACAGGAUUCCACCCCUGUGUUUAAUUAUCAUUGGUCCAGGUACAUGUCUAUAUCAUGGCCUGCAAUCCCUCUACUCUUCAGAUACCCAAAUAUUUGUUUCAAAUCUUAGAGUCAGAGCAAAUGAAAUUUUGCAGCUAGGCCUUUGGCCAAGGAGUCUUGCUAUUUUUUUUAAAUGUCAGGUUAAAACCAAAUUUAGCUAAUGCCUUUAAUCCUCACAAGCUCAUUAAAUAUGUUCAUUAAAGAUUUUGUCAGGAAAAAAAAAUCCAUGUUUCAUCAUCUUCAGAAAAUCUGUGACUGUGGCCAUUUUCUCCAUGGAGAUAUUUUAUUUUCCAGUCAGUUCUGUUGACAGGGCUGAAUAUCUAAUGCAAUAUAUGUGAUAUCAAUUAAUAAGUACUCAUAAAAGGUACAGUGAAUUUGUUUCAAAGAAACACUUCGUAGAAUCAAUAUAGUCUUUAGCUGGUAAUAAAUUUAUAAUUUCAGAUAAUAUUUUGCAUAUUCUUCAUCAUUAAGAAAAAUAUCCUUGGCAUUAUCAGGGGCAUCAUCCCACAGACAGUCACCUGUAUUUAAAUGUGUUAGCUAUGAGGUCACACUUUCAGUGAAAGGGGAGUAAUGGUUCUUACCACCUAUAUGCAUCUCUUUAGUCAGACAUCUGUUGACCUGCUAAUUCAAAAUGUUUAAAUUCAUACUUCAUUCACUACAUGCCAUUCAGUAAAUUGACUGCUGAGCUAAUCUCAUAGACAAUGAUGACAGAUAUAGGUUACAUAGCUAACACUGUUUGUAUAAUCAUACUUAUUGGAUAAGCUGUGAGUUCAAAGUAAACAAUAGAUAUAGUGUCAAUAUUGACAAGCAUGCUGCUAGGAAUUAAAUAACUUACUUUAAACAUACAUAAUAUAAAUGUUGUAAGCACAUGUAGUAUGUAUAAGUAAUGAGCAUUGUUAAAGAUCUGGUUAUCACUGACCCAAAACAGAUGUUUUUAAAUAUGAGGUCAAAGUUAGCAAAACCUUUAAUUUAUAUUGUUUAGCAUGUGCCUAUUAACAUUAGUAAUACCAUAUAUCUUCAAACAUACACUUAUUAGAGAAAUACCAAAAUAACAGACCACAAAUCUACAUCUCAGUACAAGGCAAUAGCCAUUAUAUAGUCAAUAGCAAAAACU